GAGCCAUAACCUCCAUUGCCUGCCCUCCUGUUGCUGCAAGGGCUGCAAGAUCAAAGCCCUGCGAGCGAAGACCAACACCUACAUCAAGACCCCGGUGCGGGGCGAGGAGCCGGUCUUCAUGGUGACGGGGCGGCGGGAGGACGUGGCCAUGGCCCGGCGGGAGAUCAUCUCAGCGGCCGAGCACUUCUCCAUGAUCAGGGCCUCCCGCAACAAGGCGGGCACCACCUUCGGCAGCGCGCCCACCCUGCCGGGGCAGGUCACCAUCCGGGUGCGCGUGCCCUACCGCGUGGUGGGGCUGGUGGUGGGCCCCAAGGGAGCCACCAUCAAGCGGAUCCAGCAGCAGACCAACACCUACAUCAUCACGCCCAGCCGGGACCGGGAUCCCGUUUUCGAGAUCACCGGCGCGCCGGGCAACGUGGAGCGCGCCCGGGAGGAGAUCGAGACCCACAUUGCGGUGAGGACGGGCAAGAUCCUGGAGUACAACAACGAGAACGACUUCCUCUCUAGCAGCCCUGACUCCGGCAUGGAGAACCGCUACUCGGAGGCCUGGCGGGUCCACACGCCGGCGCCGGGCUGCAAGCCCCUCUCCACCUUCCGGCAGAACAGCCUGGGCUGCAUCGGCGACUGCUCCGUUGACCCCGUCUACGAGACCCCCCGGCUGAACGACCAAAACGACUUCAAUUACGGUUACCUCUUCCCCAACUACGGCGUGAACAAGCAGGAUCUGUACUACGGGGUGCCGGAGUCGGGGGCCCCGAUGUGGGCUGGCCAGGAGAACACCAACCCUGUCUCGGUGCUCUUCUCGAAGCAGCAGCGCUCCAGCAGCACUGGCACCAUCCACCCCAACUCCCACCGCUCCCCGUCCUCCUCCAUCCCAGAGCCCAGCCUCUCUGGGCUGCCCCGGAGGUCGCAGGGGGAGCCGCUCCAGGGGUUUUCCAAGCUGGGAACGCCGGCCGCUGCCCGGACAUCCGUUGCCAGCAGCCGCGAGUGCAUGGUGUGCUUCGAGAGCGAGGUCACGGCCGCGCUGGUGCCGUGCGGCCACAACCUCUUCUGUAUGGAGUGUGCCGUGAGGAUCUGCGAGAGGACUGAUCCGGAGUGCCCGGUUUGCCACGCAGCAGCCACUCAGGCCAUUAGAAUAUUUUCCUAAAGAGACAGAGCAGGGCACUGGGGGGUGGGGGGUAGGAAGGGAGCGUGGGGGGGGUCCACGAAAGAAAAAUGCUGAUGAUAAUAAUAAUAAUAAUAAUGAUAAUAA